GGCGUCGGCACUUCAAUGUCGCAAAUGCUCUCCGCAGAGGUGUGUUUGGGUUUCGGAGCUUGUGUCGAAUUACGGUAACCACGUGAUUGAGGACGUCCGAUGCUUCGAACGUCGUCAUAGAUUGCUGUGCUUCGUUUCCAGUUUUACCAUGCUUGGAAAGGAUCCACCAUAUUCUCUGAAUUCUUCUGCUAAAAUAUAUCAAGUGCCAAGUUGCGGUCCUUAGGUUUAGCUCCCCCAGACUUUCUAAAUAUUCCAGCUUCGGACGUGAUCAGUAAUCUAGUUAUUAUAAUUUGACACAAGUAAACACUUUUCUGAAACUGCCUAUUUGCGACACAGACACCGACGCCUCGGUAUCACACGUCCAAAUACACCUAGAAGUUUGUACACUAUUUUAUUUAUUUUUUACUUUGGUACAUUUGGUUAGAUUUUUUCUCUCCAAAAUGGAACCAGCAAAAAAGAGAAAAAGUUCCACAGUUUGGGAGCAUUUUGAAUUAACGUCUCCCAACAAGGUGAAGUGCCUAAUAUGCCUACGGGACCUUGUUUAUAGCAAUAACACCUCAUCAAUGCUUAGGCAUUAUCGAGCUCUCCAUGACGGUACACAUCAUGUUGAAAAACCACAAACCAACCCAGGAAUGGAACCUAAGGAGCCAACUAAAGUGGUGUUGCUGGCAUGUGGGUCCUUCAACCCUAUAACAAACAUGCACCUGCGGAUGUUUGAACUGGCCAGGGAUUACCUUGAAGACUCAGGCCAGUACAGGGUGGUGAGAGGGAUCAUCUCCCCGGUGGGAGAUGCCUACAAGAAGAAGGGUCUGAUCGAGGCAUACCACCGUGUGGAGAUGGCCCAGCUGGCAUCAGAGAGCUCAGACUGGAUCAGGGUGGAUGCCUGGGAGAGUCAGCAGAUAGAUUGGGUGGAGACAGUCAAAGUGGUGCGACAUCAUUAUGAAGAGCUGGUGUCCGGACAGCAGCACAACGACGAGGUGGACACCAUCAAAUACGCCAAGAAGAGGAGGAUUGCAGAACAUGCUUAUGAAUCCCCUUCCUCCCUUCACACAAGAAAAGAUGGCCCUCAGCUCAUGCUGCUGUGCGGCGCUGACGUGCUGGAGUCCUUUGGUGUUCCCAACCUCUGGAAGGCCGACGACAUCACUGAGAUCGUCGGCCGCUACGGCCUGGUCUGCAUCACCCGCAGCGGCAACGACCCCCACAAGUUCAUCCACCAAUCGGACACUCUGUGGGAGCACCGCAGGAACAUCCACGUGGUGCCCGAGUGGGUGACCAACGAGAUCUCGGCCACCCACGUCAGGAGGGCCCUGCGGCGGGGGCAGAGCGUGCGCUACCUGCUGCCGGACCCGGUGGUGAGCUACAUCCAACAGCACAGCCUCUACAGCACGGAGAGCGAGGGCAAGAACGCAGACGUCAUCCUGGCCCCGUUUCAGAGGUACACCUCGGGCUCUUCCUCCUCCGUCACUUGAAGGGGGCCUCACCGUCCUCUUGCUUCCUCAGAGACGAACUGUGUUGUUCGGGAGCCACUGUGGAGAGCAUCUCUCUGAUUACGAGCGGGGGGGGGGGUGGGCAGUUUGUGGCUGCACAGUUUGUAUGUUUUUUAAGUCAAUGUUGACUUUGAUACACUGAACUGAAGACACUGUGACUUAGAAUCCUUUCAUCACCAGUGCCUCUUAUCUACAUUUGACUGCUCUGGUCUGGUAGAUUUUCAUUGAGCUUGUUAUGCGACCGCUCUCUGACAUAUAGGGUACAGAUAGAGGUCAGAACAUCGAUAUAAAUGACAGUUUUAAACUAGGUAUAGCCCAGCCAUAUAUAUUAGAUAGGGUUUCACCUUAAACACUGUCAGUGUAUUCCAAAGAAAACGAUGGGAAGUUAGUGCACGUGCAUUAGAUCUGAGAAGACCGAACCCUUGUUGAUUCUAACGUAUUUAACGCAAUACAACACUUUGUUUACCACCAGAAAUUUAGAAAAUACACAGCACUCAAACCAUCCUUUGCAGCCCUAAAAGAAAAGUUACGUGUGUUUUAUACCAGUCAGUUAACAUGGGAUGCAUGGCUUGUUAUCUUGUGGGAUGUGUAGAUUGGCAAAUUAAAUGUAUGGCUUGUAUUGAAAUAAAAAAAUACAAAAUAAUUGUUAAAGGUUUUGGAUAUUGUCUGUGUUCAAACUGUCAAGUAUUCAACCCCUUGGAAUAAAAUACAGAGGGUGUUUUUAGUGUUAGAACAAUACUGAUGUUGAUGGGGAAACAAACAAAAACAUCUUUAUUUAGAAAUUUGAUGUUGUCUUUGCAGCUUCCCUUGUACCUGUCAGAUUCCUCCACUUCAUAGAUGUGAAGGCGUCUGUGGCAUUGCUUGUAAAAACAGAUGAAGGGUGUUUCCCUUCUCACAGCCAGCGUAGGAAACCACCCCGGCAAGGUUUCUGCAUCGCUUCUUUAUAGUUUUUCAGAUGACUCGAGAGCUAUGUAGGAUGAGAGUAUAAUGUCUUGAAAGAUUAACUUAUUUUCUUUUUUUACUUCUUGAGGGUUUAGGUUAGUUUAGGUGCAGUUCUAUUGGGCG